AUGACACCACCGUUCACCUUCUUCCGGUCACGCCGUUUGUUGCUGUCUCGUUCAUCCACCAACUCAACUUCCAUCUCGGCAACUACUUUUGGCUCAGGGAGAAGAUUUUCAACAUUCCGAAUGAGAUCACUUGAAAUUGAUGCCAGUUCCAAUCUUGUACACACCAAUCCAUGGUUGAUUUCAAUGAUGAGUGGAUCUAGUUCUUCCUUCUCUUUUCUUAAAAGGAUGAAAGUACAACAAGAAUCAAGAUCCUAUCAUUCCAAUCUCUCUUUCCAAAGAAACUCCAACGAUAAUACCCAAUCCUCUCACGUUUCUGCACUUCAAGCAUUGAACCACUUUGAAACGAUUUUCCAACAAGCGAUGCUUCAAUUACAAUCAGAAAUGUCCAAAUGGGAGGAUCAUUCCGAGAAGGAUUCAACUCAAUCACCACAACAACCACAAAAAAGAAAACUCUCAAAUGAUCUUUGCGAGUUACUAUGUUCGUUGGCUUGUGCACCCAACACCACCUUUCUGGCUCUUAAAAACAAUCCUGCCGCGUGUUUUGGUUCUUCAGUGGGAAUGAGAGCUCAUCUCCUCCAUCGACAAGCUCAAUAUAUUGUCUUGAAAGGACUCUUUCAGGAAUGGUUUGAUCUCUCAACCUUGAAGAAUAUGUUUGUGGUACAAAAGAAUGAUUCUCGCAAUCUUUACAAAUAUCCAAUUUAUAAAUUGGAAGAAGCUACUUUAUCUCGGAAAGAUGCCGAGUCUGAAUCAUCUCAACCAUCUCAACAACCACAACAACUGUACAUGGAUGAUACUUUCUUUUUAUGUAGCGUGUGGGAUUCUCUAAUGUCAUCUUCUGCUAUUUCCCCCAAAGUCGAUGGUCAAGAGAUUUUCACAAGACAAAAUCUCAUUGUUAAUUUCUAUUGGUUAUUCACGCGUUUGAAGUUUAAUCCAAACAGUAACAAAACACUUUUGGAAUACACUCGCAAGGUUUUGGACGGUUAUGAAAAGACGAAAAAAGCAUAUGUGAGUGCUGUCAAGAGAGAAGACGUGGACUAUUCAACAACUGUCACCUAUGAUGUCCAUGAAAAUGCAUUUCCCUUCACUAGAAGAACCUACACACAAGAUGAGUUUGAUUGGUUUGAAGAUUUGGAAACCGACUUACCACUUCAUUUGGGAUCUUGUUUUAAGGCUAUUGAAAUAUUCACUCGAAUGUCGUCUCAACCUUCAGAAAACCCUUUUCAAAUGAUGAAAGACAUGGAUGAGUGUUUGAAAGUGAAUCCAAACAAUCCCUACAUCUUGUACUUGAAAACUAGCCUAUGUGGAUUAUAUUUACCACUUGUAAGAGAAGGUCCUGAAUUAUUUCGAAUUGGAAAUGAUUCUAUUCAUGCAGCUUUGAAUAUUAUGAAAAAUCAUGUAAAUAUUCACUUGACAUCAGCAUCUCCGUCACUCGAUCGUUUAUCGAAAACUCGAUUCGACCUAUCGGACGAGGAGCAGGACAUGACCGAUACAGAACAUGCAGAUCAAAAUCGUUCGAAAGAAGAAUUACCCAUUCCAGAUUUGAAAUUCACACCUCUACUUUUUUUAAAAGCUACUUUUCAAAUAACAGCCGCGUCUGUCCCUUCACUGUCACAAAUGUUAAGACUGCAGCUUGCACAGACUGCCUUACGCGAUCUGCAACAAGUGGAACGAUUUUCGAGAAUGCCAAACGAGUAUAUUUUUUUAUGUGCCAAAGGACAGGCAUACAUAUUUCUACAGCACUAUGAAAAAGCAUUUCAGAGCUUGUCUGCCAUUGAAAAAUUUGAAAAUGUUGUCUCUUCUGAAGCUAUAAUUCAUGCUAUUUGCUCUUCGGCGUCAUGCAUGAUUGCAUUAGGACAUGCCCAAUUAUGCCUUGAAAAGAUAGACCAUUAUAUUGCGAAAUAUGAUCACCAUCCAGCAUUGAUUUUGCUUAAACUAGAUUGUCAGAGAGAAUCAUGUCGUUCCAAAGAUGGAUUGAAAACAGUUUUAUUAUCCUACCAAGAAUUAGCAAACUCGCUGAUGAAUCUUGCUAACACCAAUCAAGCAACAUUCUCGAAAUAUUAUCUACAAGUAAUUGAACUCAUGAAACAUGUGCAGAAAAGCAUCGAAGAUCCAUCCAUUCCGGAUAGUUGGUGA